AUGGAGCCCAGCAUUAUGUGCAUCACAGAGCACUGGUUGAAAGAAGAGGAGUCAAAUUUCUAUGGAAAUAUCGGCACAAUCAGCCUAGCCAGCAUCUACUGCAGGAAUCUUCAUAAAAAUGGGGGUGCUGCAAUUUACUUGAAUAAGAAACUGCAAUAUAAAAUAGUAGAGGUUACUAAUUAUUGCAAGGAGUGCACAUUGGAGCUUGCAGCGGUGGAGCUGGUGGACUAUCAUAUCAUUGUUGUGUCAGUGUACCAUCCACCAAAUGGAGAUUUUGAAGGAUUCACACUGCUUCUCGAUGAAUUUUUGUCCUUCAUCUUGAGCAGGCAGCAAGACAGAAUAAUCAUUGGUGGUGACUUCAAUGUACACCUUGAAAUUCCAUCCAAGGAGAGAGAUAUCUUUGUCAACCUAUUACGAAGUCACAAUCUAUUUGUUGGAAGUCUUUGUCCCACGAGGGGUGAUGCUUGUCUGGACACUAUGAUAACCAACUUGAACUCCUGGGAGUAUACUACCAGAGUGGUUGAUCCCUUCAUAUCCGAUCAUAGCGCUGUUGUUCUUCAAGCAAAUUUGCAUAAGACUGAACAAACUCAGGAACCGUGGAAGGCCAACUACAUCAGCUACUCCAUUGUGGUGAGAGAAGAAAGAAUUCCCAUUCUUUGCAGGAAGCUUGAGGGCAUCAACUGGACGGAGGUUUUUGGACUCACAAAGCAAGAAUACAUGUUGGAUAUCCUGUUGGCUGGUUAUGUUAAUGUCUUCAACACAGUAUUCCCAAAGACCAUGAGAAAGGUUUCGAGAAACAGCAGAAGAGGAACUCAAACUGCAAAUAGGCCAUGGUUUGAUGAAACUCUAGCCCAGGUGAAGAACCUAGUGGUACUGCUUCAUCAUAAGUACAAGACAGCAGCGACACCUGAAGAUAAAAACUACUGGUUGAACCAGUACCAAAAACAAAAAAAAGAGUAUAGGAUUCAGGUUGGCAUGGCAAAAAGAAACUACACGUCAGAGACUAUAAUGUCUGCUGAUAAUAACUGCAAAGCAGCCUGGGACAUUAUAAAUACCCAUCACCCAAAGAAACCUCAAAUGGAAUCACCUCUCAAUCCAGAUGACUUUAACAAUUACUUUGUUAGUGUGGCAGAAAACAUUCUGCAGGAGUUGCCUGACUGUGGCUCAAAUCCCAUGAAUAAUGUAGGACAGGUGCAACAGCAGAUGAUGGACUGGAAGCUGGUGAGUGCAGACCGUGUGACCAAAAUUGUUUCAAACCUGAAAAACUCCAGGUCUCAGGAUAUCUAUGGACUUUCAACCUUUGUGCUAAAGGCAACAGCAAAACAAAUAGCUGAACCAUUGGCUGCAGCCAUUAACAGCUGUUUUGUGGCAGGAAGGUUUCCAGACUGUCUCAAGACAGCAAGAACAGUGCCAAUUCACAAGAAGGAGGAGACCAGUGAUCCAGCAAACUUCAGGCCAAUCUCCAUGGUGCCUAUCUUCUCAAAGGUGAUCGAGACAGAGAUGAAAAUGCAGAUGACCAACUUUUUUGAGGGGAAUGGGCUGCUGUCAUCAUCGCAACAUGGAUUUAGAAACAGACGAUCCACAACUAGUGCUCUCCUGGCUUUGACAGAAAACAUUCAGAGAAGUUUUGAGGAUGGUGAAUCCCUUGCCCUCACAUUGUGUGACCUUAGCAAGGCCUUUGAUUCGCUGUUUCACAGCCAUAUCAUUUAUGGAUUGCUCCUGUGGGGUCACGCACCAGCUGUCCACGAUGUGCUGCUACUGCAAAAGAAGGCUCUGAGAAUAGUGACAUUUUCCGGCUUCAGGGAUCACUGCAGGCCACUAUUUAGGGAUCUUGGGAUACUCACAGUAUACAGUCAAUUUGUAUUGUGCUCGCUUAUGUAUAUCAAGAAGAACCUGGUGCAGUUUCAAAAAAGGUGUGAUAUACACAGCCACAAUACACGACAUGCCACUAGACUGGAGGUACCCCGGAGCCGACUGGCGGGGAAUUACAAUAGCUUUCCUUCGCAGGCAAUAAGAUUUUUUAACAGCCUUCCUAGACCAAUUCAGGAAACACCGAACUCUUGGUUCUAUACCACUCUGAAAAGUAAACUCCUGGAAAAGCCACUCUACUCACUACAGGAGUUUUACAGUGAACCUCUUUUUGGGAGUCAAGCACCUCCACAGCGUGAAUGA